CCCUGGCCCUAAUCUUGCACCCGCACGAGGGCGAACGUGUGGCACUGCCCAUUCCAUGGAACAGAGUGGCGAGCUGCAAGGUCGCUACUUGUACUGGGAGGACAGCGCCCAGUGCUCCUUUGAGAUUGUGAAGCAAGAGUCCCAGGGCCAUUUCAUUUUCUCACAGAUCGUCAACGGUGAGGCCUCUUCCGGGGUUCUAAACCGAACAGAAGACCACUGGAACGCAUCAGUGACGGGCACAUCUGUGAGAGAUUGGAAGCUGCAACUGGAUGGCGAUGCGCUGCUGGUUGAGCGAUCGGAUGGCUUCGAGGGCCGGGCCGAGCGGAUGAUCGAGUCCAAGGAAUGGCAAGCUGUGGUCGCGCAACCGGUGGAUCCAGGAGAGACACUGCUCAUCAAGGCAGCCCCGGGCAGCGGCAAGAGCACCUUGCUAAGAGAGUGGUGUCGAGGGAGACCGGAUAACAAAAUCUUGCUUCUGGCCUUCAACACAGCAGUUUGCCAGCAGUUGCAAGCCAACUUCAAUGAGCUUGCCAACGUGACUAUACAGACUAUCCACAAAUUUGCCAGAAAUGCCACCAAGCAUUUGCACCAUGGCGAGAUUGGCGAGCCAACCGAAACUGACCUUAAAAAGUUCUUGAAGUGCAGCUCGGAAGAGGUAGAGAAGCAGCAAAGGCUCCUUGCCAAAGUCUGUGCCAGUGCCAGUGUCAGCAUGGACUUUGAUGGUCUGGUGAGCCUGGAGGAUGAGGAUGAUGAGGAUACCAGGAAGCUGCAGAAGUCUUUGUGGAAUCACUUCUCCUCAGGAAACUGCAGCUUCGGGGUUCCUCACAACGUCUACCUGAAGCUUUUCCAGCUAAGCCCCGAUCUCCGGUGCAAGGCAUUUCAAGAAUAUGACAUUGUUGUCGUGGAUGAAGCGCAGGACUGCACAGAUUGCAUGCUGCACCUUGUCACAAGCGGCCAAUUUGCACGUGUCCUUGCCUGUGAUCCCCACCAGAACAUCUAUCAGUUCAACAAAGUCAACGGCAAGUAUUUGGCAAAGAUGGAGGUGGAUUACCGGAUGAGCUUGCCACUCAGCUUUAGGUUUGGGCAUGAAAUCGCACAGCUCUUGACCAGCAUUGCUCAGGCAAGCCCGGAAUCAGUUGAUUCGAUUCUUGAAGUGCAAGGAAAUCCCAAGCUUGAAACGACUCUUCAGGUGGUUCAAGAUCCAAGGGAGGCAAUCAAGAAGCUCUUGGCUGGCAACCAAAAGAUGACGGUGCUGGCAAGGAAGAACCGCACCCUUUUCUUGCAGGCCAUCGACGUAAUCGCUAGCCUGCAAGAGGGCAAGUUCGACAAGUUUAUCAACUUUAUUGGAGGUUUUAAAGCCUUCAAAGACAAACAGCUUGUGCCUGUCCUUGAUCUCCUCUACUUGCGUGAUGGCCGUCAAGAUGAGGUGACCUCCAAGUAUGUCAAGAAGUUUGAUUCCUUGGAUAAUUUCAGGAGCAGAUGCGAGCAGCAACAAUCGAUUGACUGGCUCUCCAAGCUUUGCCUUUGCGACCGGCUGCUCUGUCCUGAACAACUCCAAGGCCUCAUCGAGUCCAUCGAACAAUUCGAGGCUGAGGGGAAUGGUCAAGCAGAUCUGGUCUUCUCCACAGUCCAUCAAGCGAAAGGGCUCGGCUUUCCGAACGUGGUGCUGCUGGAGGACUUCCUGGCUGAGCCCACGACUGAGGAGUACAACAUCUUCUACGUUGCGUCUUCACGGGUCUCCACGGGCUCGCUCUUUGUGGCGGAGAGCACCAUGCAGGCUCUUCGAGAGGGGGGAAAGCGACGGGGGAGGAAGAGACCGCUCGAAGAGUCUGAAGAAGAGGACGAAGCGUGGAACGAAGAGCCUGAAGAAGAGGACUUGGAUCCUGAAGAAGAGGACGAAGGAAUGUAAGGCUUCGACCUCUUCUCAUGUGCCGUGUGAGAGCAAAACAUAAUAUACUUAUAAGUCCGAUCAAGUCAGCAGGUCAACAAAGCUUUCAAAAAAUGGGGCCGGCUGCCGCGGCUUUGCCUUUGCGCAUUUUCAGAGACCUUUGCGGAUGUCGUUUUUCCAUGUUCCGCUGAAGAAGGGCCCACCAUCACCGAGUUCGUUUUGUCUUGC